CCAGUCACAGGACAAGAGGACACAGUCUUAAGCUGUACCAGGAGAGGCUUACUUCAGACAUUAGGAAAAAUUUCUACGCAGAAAUGGUGAUUAGACACUGGAAUGAGCUGCUUAGGGAAGUGAAGAGGCACCGUCCAUGGAGGCGCGCAAGACUGGACAUGUCAUCUGGCGGCAUGGUUUAGGUUACAAGGUGGUUGAUGUCCGGUCAUAGGUUGAACUCGGUACAGAGUACUUGAACUGGGAUUUGAUUUCUCAUCCUAUGGAUCACUGAAUGAGUAACAGAUGGCCUUGCCUCGUCUUACAGGCGCUUUACGCUCCUUUUCAAAUGUCACUAAACAUGAGGAUUACAGUGAAGAAUUAGCUGACUUAACGACUAAAAGAUCAAAACUACAUGCCCAGUUGCUGAAGUCCGAUCUUACUUGGAAGAAGAUAAUAAAGUUUGUUGAUGACAAUUUGGACAAAAAAGAAUACCAAACUGUAAAUGGUGAUUUAAAAACUAUCUUACAAGCUGCAAAACAAAUAGUUGGAGCUGAAAAUGGACAAGAAGCGAUUGAAAGUGGAGCUGUUUUUCUUUUUAAAACAUUUCAUGGGAAAGAAUGUGUUGGCCAUGAUGAGACAAAGGUGAUCAAGCAGAUGUUUGGGCCAUUUCCAUCAUCAUCUGCUACUGCAGCUUGUAGUGCCACGUCUCGGAUUGCUUCUCACUUUACUGAAGAACAGCUUACAGCCCUCAUACAGUUGGCUGAAGAGCAAAAUGGUGAUAACAGAGUGCUGUUUGGUAAAAAUAUAGUGUUUUCAUUUGACAUGCAUGAUUUGGAUCACUCUGAAGAGCUGCCUGUGAAUGGUGAGACUGAUGUGCAGAAAAGUAUAAGCUUAGACUAUAACAAGUUUUUGAAUAACCAGCUGAAUCACUUACAGAACUAUUGUGAUGGGAAACCUAAUAUCAAAUCUUUGGAAAAAAUAGAUGAUUCUUUUUUGUGGUGUGAAGUUGGAAAGUACCUGAAGGAGUCUCAAGGAGGUAACCCUGGAGGGCCAACAACAGAAGACCUCUGCUGCACUUUGUAUGAGAUCCUUGCUUCUACCAAAAGUGCCGAUGAACUUCAAAAUGAGUUAUUUGAGCUGCUGGGCCCUGAAGGUUUUGAACUCAUAGAGAAACUCCUACAGAACAGAUCUCUGAUUCUGGAAAGAUCUUUGACUUGUCCAAAUGAUAACAGGUUCCAGGCUCUCCAAGAACAGUGCAAGAAGUUUAUAGGAGAAAAUGCUAAACCAAAUUAUGGUUGUCAAGUCACAAUUCAGUCUGAACAAGAAAAGUUGUUAAUGAAGCAAUAUCGUCGGGAAGAAAAACGAAAUGCCAGAAAAGAAAAACAAGCUGUGGAAGAUGGAGAAGGUUCUGGAGAAGGACAAAUGUGCUUUGAUCCCAAAGAGCUGCGGAUGCAAAGAGAACUAGCGCUUCUGAAUGCUCGAAGUAUGCCAGUCCUAGGUAGACAGAGAGAGAUGAGUGUCGAAAAAAUUCAUUAUCCACAUGUCUAUGAUUCCCGAGCUGAAGCUAUGAAAACAUCAGCAUUCAUUGGGGGUGCAAAGGUGUUCUUACCAGAGUCAGUUCAGCGAGAAAAUAAUAAAAUGUAUGAAGAGGUGAAGAUCCCCCAUAGUGAGCCAAUGCCUAUUGGUAUUGAAGAGAAAAUUGUUUAUAUUAAAGAUUUAGAUGAGAUUGGACAACUUGCUUUUAAAGGCAUGAAAAGGCUAAACCGAAUCCAGUCUAUCGUUUUUGAGACUGCCUACAACACAAACGAGAACAUGCUGAUCUGUGCCCCCACUGGAGCUGGGAAGACUAACAUUGCCAUGCUGACAAUCCUUCAUGAAAUUCGCCAGCAUGUCCAGCAUGGUGUUAUCAAAAAGGAUGAGUUCAAGAUUGUGUAUGUUGCUCCUAUGAAGGCUUUGGCAGCCGAAAUGACAAAUUACUUCAGCAAGCGUCUGGAACCACUUGGCAUUACUGUGAAAGAGCUGACUGGUGAUAUGCAACUGUCAAAAGGCGAAAUUCUGCGAACACAGAUGCUUGUGACUACUCCAGAGAAAUGGGAUGUAGUGACAAGGAAAAGUGUUGGUGAUGUAGCCCUCUCUCAGCUGGUAAAACUCUUGAUUCUUGAUGAAGUUCAUCUACUGCAUGAAGACAGAGGACCAGUACUCGAAAGUAUAGUAGCACGUACUUUACGACAGGUUGAAUCUACACAAAGCAUGAUUAGGAUUUUGGGCCUUUCAGCUACAUUACCCAAUUAUCUUGAUGUUGCUACAUUUCUACACGUCAAUCCCUACAUUGGAUUAUUCUACUUUGAUGGCCGUUUCCGACCUGUACCUCUGGGACAAACCUUUAUAGGGAUCAAGACAACCAAUAAGGUGCAGCAGCUGAAUCAUAUGGAUGAAGUAUGUUAUGAAAGUGUGCUGAAGCAAAUAAUGGCUGGACACCAGGUCAUGGUGUUUGUUCAUGCUAGAAAUGCUACAGUACGAACUGCUAUGGCUCUUCGAGAAAAAGCAAAAAACAAUGGUCAUAUUUGUCACUUCUUGUCACCCCAAGGGUCAGAAUAUGGACAAGCUGAAAAACAGGUACAGAGAUCCAGAAAUAAGCAGCUACGUGAGCUGUUUCCAGAUGGAUUUAGUAUUCAUCAUGCGGGAAUGCUGCGGCAAGACAGAAGUUUGGUUGAGAACUUGUUUUCUAAUGGACAUAUCAAAGUCUUGGUUUGUACAGCUACACUUGCUUGGGGUGUCAAUCUGCCUGCUCAUGCCGUUGUUAUUAAGGGAACACAAAUAUAUGCUGCAAAAAGAGGCUCCUUUGUUGACCUUGGAAUUUUAGAUGUCAUGCAGAUAUUUGGUCGAGCUGGACGGCCUCAGUUUGACAAAUUCGGAGAAGGCAUCAUUAUUACAACUCAUGAUAAACUCAGUCAUUACCUGACUCUUCUUACACAGCAGAACCCAAUUGAAAGCCAGUUUCUUGAAAGCCUUGCAGACAACUUAAAUGCAGAGAUUGCUCUUGGCACGGUAACUAAUGUGGAAGAAGCAGUAAAGUGGAUAAGUUACACUUAUCUUUAUGUACGGAUGAGAGCAAAUCCAUUAGUAUAUGGCAUCAGUCACAAAGCUUAUCAGAUGGAUCCAGGUCUAGAAAAGCACAGAGAACAAUUGGUGAUUGAAGUUGGCAGAAAACUGGACAAAGCUCGCAUGAUUCGCUUUGAAGAACGGACUGGCUUUUUUUCUUCAACAGAUUUAGGCAGAACUGCCAGCCACUACUAUAUUAAAUACAAUACUAUAGAGACUUUCAAUGAAUUGUUUGAUGCUCAUAAAACUGAAGGCGACAUUCUUGCUAUAGUAUCAAAAGCUGAAGAGUUUGAACAGAUAAAGGUAAGAGAAGAAGAAAUAGAAGAGCUAGAUACCUUACUAAAUGAUUUCUGUGAACUUCCUGCUCCAGGAGGUGUGGAAAACAAUUAUGGAAAAAUUAAUAUCCUCCUUCAAACAUACAUUAGCAGAGGGGAGAUGGACAGCUUCUCCCUUAUUUCAGAUUCUGCAUACGUUGCACAGAAUGCAGCUCGUAUUGUUCGGGCUCUUUUUGAGAUUGCCCUGAGGAAACGUUGGCCUGCCAUGACUUAUCGGCUGCUGAACCUCAGCAAAGUCAUUGACAAGCGGCUCUGGGGCUGGGUGAGCCCUCUGAGGCAGUUCUCAGUGCUACCACCGUCCGUCCUCUCCAAGCUGGAAGAGAAGAAUCUCACCAUUGACAAGAUGAAGGACAUGAGAAAAGAUGAAAUAGGUCAUAUGCUGCAUCAUGUGAAAAUUGGGUUAAAGGUAAAACAGUGUGUCCAUCAAAUACCCUCCAUCAUCAUGGAAGCAACGAUCCAGCCAAUCACCCGCACCGUGCUCCGAGUCCGGCUGAACAUCGCGCCCGACUUCACCUGGAAUGACCAGGUACAUGGCAGUGUUGGAGAGCCCUGGUGGAUUUGGGUAGAAGACCCUACUAAUGAUCACAUUUAUCAUUCAGAGUACUUCAUCAUUCAAAAGAAACAGGUCAUUACUAAAGAGCCUCAGCUGCUGGUGUUCACAAUCCCAAUUUUUGAACCUCUUCCUUCUCAAUAUUACAUUCGAGCUGUGUCUGAUAGAUGGUUAGGAGCAGAGGCUGUAUGUAUCAUAAAUUUUCAACAUUUGAUUCUUCCAGAGAGACAUCCACCCCACACAGAGCUUCUGGAUCUCCAGCCUUUGCCUAUCACAGCCUUGGGACAUCCUGAAUAUGAAGUCCUGUACAAAUUCACGCACUUCAACCCUAUUCAGACACAGAUAUUCCAUACCCUCUAUCACACAGACUGCAAUGUUCUUCUUGGAGCUCCUACAGGUUCUGGAAAAACGGUUGCAGCUGAAUUAGCCAUCUUUAGAGUUUUUAACAAGUAUCCCACAUCAAAGGCAGUGUACAUUGCACCCUUGAAAGCACUCGUCCGUGAGAGGAUUGAGGACUGGAAAGUUAGGAUUGAAGAAAAGCUUGGUAAAAAGGUUGUAGAAUUGACAGGAGAUGUGACUCCUGAUAUGAGAGCUAUUGCCCAGGCUGACCUGAUUGUUACUACCCCAGAGAAGUGGGAUGGUGUCAGCAGAAGUUGGCAGAACAGAAGCUAUGUUCAAAAAGUUGCCAUUCUCAUCAUAGAUGAGAUCCAUCUUCUAGGGGAUGAGAGAGGCCCAGUGUUGGAAGUCAUUGUGUCUCGAACAAACUUUAUCUCAUCUCACACUGAGAAGCCAGUAAGAGUGGUUGGUUUAUCCACUGCUUUAGCAAAUGCCAGAGACCUUGCUGACUGGCUAAACAUUAAUCAGAUGGGUCUGUUCAACUUCCGACCAUCGGUGCGCCCAGUUCCUCUGGAGGUGCACAUCCAGGGCUUCCCUGGCCAGCAUUACUGUCCUCGCAUGGCCAGCAUGAACAAACCUGCUUUUCAGGCAAUUCGGAGUCAUUCUCCAGCCAAGCCUGUUCUUAUUUUUGUGUCAUCCAGACGUCAGACAAGGCUUACUGCCUUAGAUCUCAUAGCUUUCCUGGCCACAGAGGAUGAUCCCAAACAAUGGCUGAAGAUGGAUGAAAGAGAGAUGAAUGACAUUAUAGUCACAGUUAGAGAUUCGAAUCUGAAGCUGACACUUGCUUUUGGAAUAGGCAUGCACCAUGCAGGUCUACAUGAAAGGGACAGGAAAACUGUGGAAGAAUUGUUUGUGAACUGCAAAAUCCAGGUUCUUAUUGCCACAAGCACAUUAGCUUGGGGUGUGAAUUUUCCAGCUCAUUUAGUAAUUGUUAAAGGAACAGAAUACUACGAUGGAAAAACAAGGCGUUACGUGGAUUAUCCCAUUACAGAUGUGCUUCAGAUGAUGGGGCGUGCUGGCAGACCACAGUUUGAUGACCAAGGAAAAGCUGUCAUUCUGGUUCAUGAUAUUAAGAAAGACUUCUACAAAAAAUUCCUUUAUGAACCUUUCCCAGUGGAAUCAAGCUUGUUAGAGGUGCUGGCUGACCACUUGAAUGCUGAAAUUGCUGCUGGAACUAUUACAUCUAAGCAGGAUGCAAUGGAUUAUAUCACCUGGACUUACUUCUUCCGUCGACUUAUAAUGAACCCAACUUACUAUAACUUGGAUGAUGUGAGCCAUGACACUAUGAACAAGUACCUCUCAAGCCUUGUUGAGAAAUCCCUGUUUGAUUUGGAAGGCUCCUACUGUAUUGAAGUUGGGGAGGAUAAUCGCAGCAUUGAGCCGCUGACGUACGGCCGUAUUGCCUCCUAUUACUAUUUGAAGCAUCCAACUAUUGGGAUGUUCAAGGAGCAGUUGAAACCUGAAAGCAAUAUUGAAGAACUGCUCUUAAUUCUGACAAAUGCUGACGAGUACACAGAUCUGCCUGUGAGACACAAUGAGGAUCAGAUGAACAGCGAACUGGCCAAACACCUUCCAAUUGAAGUCAAUCCCCAUUCAUUUGACAGUUCACACACAAAAACACACCUCUUGCUGCAAGCCCACUUCAGUCAUGCCAUGCUGCCUUGCCCAGAUUAUGCAACUGAUACAAAGACAGUGCUGGACCAAGCAAUCAGAAUAUGCCAGGCAAUGCUGGAUGUAGCAGCACAUCAUGGCUGGCUGGUGACUGCUCUGAACAUAACCAACCUGGUGCAGAUGGUGGUUCAGGGUAGAUGGAUACAUGACUCAUCCCUGCUUACUUUGCCAAAUGUAGAGCUCCAGCAUCUUUACCUUUUUCGGAAGUGGAGCCAAGGCCAAAGGAAGAGUGUGCAUGGAGGUUACCAAGGACCUAUCGAGUGUCUUCCCGAACUAAUGGCUGCCUGUGAAGGAAAAGAGAAUGUUUUUGCUUCCAUUGUGGACAGUGAGUUGCCAGCAGCACACAUUUCACAGGCUUGGAAUUUCUUGUGCCGUUUGCCAAUUCUAAACGUCAGUCUGAGCAUUAAGGGCAGUUGGGAUGAUGCAGUUCAGCCGCAGAAUGAAGUACCUGUUCCUUCUUGGACAACAGACACACGAGAUGAUAAGAGAUGGAUCAAACUGCAUGCUGAUCAAGAGUAUGUGCUCCAAAUAAACCUGCACAGAACCCAGAUGGGGUACCAGCAGGGAAAGCAGGACAGUAAAGCAAUGGCUCCUCGAUUCCCCAAAGUUAAGGAUGAAGGAUGGUUUUUGAUAUUGGGAGAAGUUGAUAAAAAAGAACUUAUCGCCCUGAAAAGAACUGGAUAUGUCAGAAAUCGAAAUACUGUUUCCGUUGCUUUUUAUACUCCAGAAACUCCUGGAAAGUGUAUCUACACCCUGUAUCUCAUGAGCGACAGCUACCUUGGCAUGGACCAACAGUAUGACAUUUACCUGAACAUUGUACCAGCACAAGGCACCACGGAGGGGACUGAGGCCAGGAGCCACCUGGCCCUGAAGUAAGGCUCUCUGCAAAGUCCACUCAGUCAAAAGAACUGGUCCUGCAACUAAGACAUCUGGUCAUUCUGGGACAUCCAAAAAUGCAUCUGCCUUACUAGAACCAACUUCAAACCUCAAGACAAUGGGGACACCAAAAGUGACUGCUGUAUUAACUCUGAUGACACCGAGUUAGCCACAGUGGCCUUACUCCUUUAUGAAGAUUUGUCUUUUCCUGUUUUAUCUUUCUUCUCUCAGAAGUCAGAUUGUUAGUUGAAUUUUAAAACAUCAAAAUAAAAGACUGAACAGUACUGUAAUUUGUGCAAAUUCAGGGCUAUCAUCUUCAUUUUGAAAAGUGUUAUAUAGCCUGUCUAUUAAUAACAUUUAAAUAGUCAACUUUUUUAAUUUAUAGGGGAAAAUACAAAAUUUGGUCUAAGAGCUGCUGAAAAUAUUGAUGGAUGUGCUAUAUUUCAUGUUUAAUAAAAAUAUUCCCAGAAUGUUUUGCACUGUAUUUGUAGGUGUAAAAUAUGGGAGAUGUAGUAAAAAAAUCCUCUUCAUGCAUAGUACAUUUUGAAAAUUAUAUUCUAAAGAAAAAUGUCACAAAUUUACAUUAAUUAUAUGAGCAGUAAAUGUAAUUAUAAGGGCAAGCUAAAUCAUAGAAAAUAUUUCCAGUAUAGCAAUGAUGCAAUUUAUGUAGAUAAUUAUUAAAGUUUGCUCUUUACAUGUAUGUACAUACAUAUACACAUAUAUUACAUACUUGCAAUUUCCUUAUUGUUUUUUCCUGAAUUUUGUAGGACUAAGGAAUAUAAAAUUGAAUGUCCUGUUCUAGGGCUCAGUGCUAAAGUGGAUGACUAACUUCUGUAAAUAAGGGGGCAUGAGGCUCCAGUAAUGGGGGUUGCAACAGGAGGCAUGAUGAGCAAUGGAUGGUUCUGCUAGGCAAAAGAAAUUGUAAGAGAUGCUCAGCUCUGUGAUAGUACCUGCAAGGCAUAAAUCUGAAGGCAGAAGGCAGCAGCAUCUGUCUUGUGAUGAGACUACACAUCCUGAGGCCAGUCCUCAAGAGGAUUCAAGAUGCUGAGCAAGUACUUGGAGCCAACAUACUUAAAGAAACAUCAGUGCAUCUUCAUUCAGAUAGACUAGACCUUAAACUGAAUAUUAAUAUUUGCACUUGCUCAGCUUUGCAUUGAGCUGAUAAGCAUUACCUCUCCAAGGGAUCAUUUUGCUGUCAUUUCCAUUGUAUUUCACCAGAUGAAAGAAUACAGCAGAGUUGUUACUAGAAGCUUUUCAGGAAAAAAUGGCACGGGUGAUGCUGCACCUACAUAGAAUCACAGCAUGGCUGAUUUUGGGAGGGGCCUCCAGAGGUCAUCUGGUCUAAUACCUUUCCUCAGGCAGGGCCAGCUAGAGGCCAGGAUCACAUCUCCAAAUAUGGAGACUCCACCACCUCCCUGGACCACCUGUGCCACGGUUUGGUCACCCUCACAGUUAAAAAAAGGUAUUUCUUGCAGUUCAAGAGGGACCCUUCUGUGUCACCAACAGGUGUGCCUGUUGCCUCUGGUCCUGUCACCAGGCACCACUGGAAAGAUCCCAGCUGUGUCCUUAUCAACAUCUUCCAUUCAGAUACCCACUGACAAGAUUUCCCUGAGCCUUCUCCAGGCUGAACAAUCCUAGCUCUCUCAUUCUUUCCUCAUGUGAGAGAUGGUCCAGCUCCUUCAUCACCAAUUUUGUAGCCUUUUGCUGGACUCUCUCUAACAAUUCCAACUCUCUGCCUCAAACCAGACAUGGUGCUCCUCCACUAGUGUGGCCUUACCAGUGCUGAUCACCUCUUACCUGCUGGCAGCACCAUGCUGCAGCAAGCAGGAGGCUGGCUGAUUUCAAAGGCUCAGUAGUUAACCAGUAAUUUAUUUCAUAUCUGGCACCUUUAAAUUGUGGGAAGCAAUUUUAAAAUGAACAGUUCUGUACUUGAGUGUAUGCAUGCCCUGAUCAUAUUAAAAAUGUAAUAUUUCAUUAUUAUAGGUAAUAUAUUACCUAUAGAAAUGUGCCUAAAAACAUGGGACGAUAAUAGAAAAAGUUGUCACUAAAUUUAGAGAUGGAUAGAUAAUACAAAAGCCACCUUUGCCAUUUAGACUAUAUCAAUGUAAUAUGGUGUUGUGUCGCAGAAGAAACAGAUUUUUUCAACUUGUUAGGCAAUAGUUUGGCAAUAGUUUGUUACUCACACAUUGUGUCAGACCAUUUUAAAGAGAAUUGUUUCAUCUAAUUUGGAAGUUUAAAUUUUCAGAGAAAUUAAGUUUUUUCUUUGGAAAACUUGGCUGAAACAAUACAUUGUCCCUCAACAAUUUUAAUUAAUUAGGAAAAAGAGCUAUGCCGCAGUCAAGCAUACCAACAUAGUGAUGCUAGCUCUUGUUGCUUGGUAAAUGCACAUCACAGAAAGUCCAA